GCGGAACAGACGAGGCAGAAGACGAUCUAGGAGGACCAAAAUCCGAAUGAGCAAGACGAAGAGUUGCAAACCAUUUAAAUCGAUGACUAAAAAUAUUUGCAAUAGUGCAGUCGAAAAAAAUAGAGUGCUAAAAAAUCACACACAUCUGUCUCGUCUCUCAUUUUAUCACCCCUUCUGCGACACAGGCAGACGUAUACCUUACCUUAUAUACCUUACGACUCGCAAGGUAUAUUCGGAAUCGAUAGGCACUGCGAUAUGAAGUCGAUAGGACACCAGCAAAAGUGUAAACAAUUGGCAAAGAUCUUCCUAUUGACGCAACUUUUGAUUAGAUCUGGAUCUUGGAUUACGGGACGGCAAAAGGCGAGUUGGCUGGCUCUUCCACACAAUCCGAUUUCCCAGGACCACGUGGUGGUUGAUUUCUGGCUGUCCAAACGGGAAAUCUAUCCUACAUUCAAGAUGCAGAUUCAGUGCUGUCUACUGUCUUUAUUGCUCCUGCCGCUUGUUGCAGCAGGAUCUCUUACCGGAGCGGAGUACUCCCUCUCAGUGGUGUCGAUGAAGCCACUCGUGGAGCUGGAGACAAAGCUGAUCCAAAACCUUGACGACUAUGUAAAGGCCCUGGAGCACAAGCUGCAGAUACUCCGCAGGGGAGGGAUACUUCGAUGCGAUUGGAGAACGAGAAGGCGCAACGCAAUGUAG